AUGCAGCACGAACAUAUACUUCUGGUGCAAAAACGUCUACUCCACAGUACCCGUAGAAGCUCGGCAGCAUUCAACCUGUUCUGCAUAUCGGCCAUCUGUGUGAUGGCCGUCGCUUCUCCUGGUGUGAAACGCAUCCAAAUGUUCAAAGUGUUCAUCGUCACGGCGUUUUUCGGUACAUUUGCCUACAUCUGGAUGUUGGUGAUCUGGAAAGGCAAAAAGGCAAAUUUGGAAGACGAGUUGGAACUGGCCGAUAAGAACAAACCGGAAGAAAAUCUAGAGACUAACAUCAAACGCUAUGCAAGUCACAUGAGUCUUCAACCGGAUGGGAGAUUCGUCGGAGAACUUCCAACUCCUCCUCCAGAACUUCUGCGAUCGUUGUCCCGUGAUGUAGCCCGAACCUACCCAUCACUGUCGGUGGAGGAUCAGGCAAAAAUUCUAGCCUAUAGGCUUAGUAAGAGUACGCCCAAAGAUCGUCUUCAUUAUCGAAUUCGAGCGGCGAGAAUUCUAAGCUCCGGCCUGAGAAAAAGCGAAAUCGAACGGGAAG